CCAGGUGAACAACAAGGCGGAAACGCGGAGUCCGAGCCAUUCCGAGCGAGAACGAACGAACCCGAGCCCGAGCCCGAACCCGAAUCCGAAUCCGAGGCGCGUCGUGUCUUUUUGUUGCUUUUUGUUCGAGUGCGAGUGAGAGUGCAACAUGCCGAGCCGAGUGCGGAGGUGAAACUGAAACCGAAACCGAGUCGGAAGUCGGAACAGACUCCAGAACGGAGAGCCAGGACACUUUUGGGCCAAGUUGGCGCUAGGACGUCGCCGCUGCGAACAGAACCACGCUGGCCGUUGACCGAGUGGCAACGCUGCCCGGAGAAUCCACAACCUAGACAGAGAAUUGAGAAUUGGCAGUUGGAGAAUUAGGGAACCCAGAACCUGAGCCAGGGACGGAGCAGCUGUUGCAUGCCGUGACAGACUCAGUGACGCCGCCGUCGCUGCUGCUGUCGACGUCGUGAGUGCCGCGCCGCGCCGUCGUCGCCGCGUCUUUAUUUUUGUUGUUGUUUGUUUUGGUGACCGCGAUCGCGAAUCGAUCCUCGCGAGUGAGUGAACGAAAAAGAACUACGAACAGAGAGAAAGAGGAGUGGAGAACAAUAAUACAGAGAAAGGAGUGGAGUGCGAGGUAUCGCGUAUUCGAGCCAAUGGUUGAGUCUGCCAGCAUGAGGACCCUAAUCCUGCCACUGAUACUGGCGCUGGCCGCCGUUGGACCCGCUGCCAUCUCCGCCGGCGGCAUCUCGGCCAACGAUCCCUGCUACUUCGAGGGCAAGCCUCGCAAGUGCCUGCCGAGCUUCGUGAAUGCCGCCUACGGAAAUCCUGUUCAGGCGUCAAGCGUGUGCGGUGCCCAGCAGCCGGAGCGGUACUGCGAACUGCUCCGCGACGGCAGUGCCGGCGAUUGCCGCCUCUGUGAGCCGCACCAGCGGUAUGGAGCCGGAGCCUUGACUGACCUUAACAAUCCCAGCAACGUAACCUGCUGGCGCUCGGGAGCGGUAAAUGUGCCCCACGACCCCGACUCCGCGCCGCCGGACAACGUGACCCUGACCCUGUCGCUGGGCAAGAAGUACGAGCUGACCUACAUCUCGCUCUCCUUCUGCCCGCGCUCGCCGCGCCCCGACUCCCUGGCCAUCUUCAAGAGCUCGGACUUUGGCCAGACCUGGCAGCCCUUCCAGUUCUACAGCUCCCAGUGUCAAAAGUUCUACGGCCGUCCGGACCGGGCCAAGAUCUCCAAGUUCAACGAGCAGGAGGCACGCUGCAUCAAUGCCCAGCAUGAUGCCGGUGCCGGCGGUGGCGGUGGUGGCGGAGCUGCCCAGCGAUUCGCCUUUAAUACGCUGGAGGGUCGACCCUCGGCCAACGAUUUGGACGCCUCGCUGGUCCUGCAGGACUGGGUCACAGCCACCGACAUCCGGGUGGUCUUCCAUCGUCUGGAGCUGCCGCCGCAGCUGCUGAAAGCCCGCAAUGCCAACAGCUUCAGCGACGAGAUGGGUGGCAGCCGGGAGGCCGACGAGGACGACGAUCCAGAUUUGGAGUUGGACGGGGAGCAGGAUGAGUACGAUUAUAACCUGCAGGACAACGACAGUGCCGAUGCCGGCUACGACGAGGAGUACGAGGAGCCCAAAAAGCACCUCGAGUUGGACGACGACCUGCAUCUGGACUAUGCCAGCGACGGUGAGUCUUCCUCCGGCAAGCGUCACUCAAAGCACAAGGGCAGCAAUGCCUACGAGAAGCACUACCAGAGCAAGCUGGCGGCUACCACGUCGCCCCAGCCGCCGCCGCUGGUUAAGAGUCUGCCCGGCAAGACCACGCCUCCGACUACACCCAGUACCAGUGCCGCCGCACCCCCUGCUCUGCCCGUCUCGCAGCAUUACGCGGUAUCUGACUUUGCCGUCGGCGGACGCUGCAAGUGCAAUGGCCAUGCCUCCGAGUGUGUGGCCACUGUUGGAGCAGGAGCGGCAGCAGGGGCCGACCAGGACGAUGGUCAAGAUGAGGACUCACCGGGCGGAGCCACGCUGGGCGGUCACUUUGGACGCAUGACCAUCGGAAGCAGCGGCCUGCAGCUGGGCGCCAAGCUGGCCAUGACCUGUGCCUGCAAACAUAAUACCGCCGGGCCCGAGUGCGAGCGCUGCAAGCCCUUCUACUUUGACCGUCCCUGGGGCAGGGCCACCGACAACGAUGCCAACGAGUGCAAGAUGUGCCAGUGCAAUGGCCAUGCCCGUCGCUGCCGCUUCAACCUGGAGCUGUACAAGCUGUCCGGACGCGUGUCCGGCGGAGUGUGCUACAACUGCCAGCACGACACCACGGGUCGCUACUGCCACUAUUGCCGCGAGGGAUACUACCGAGAUGCCACCAAGCCGCCGAAUCACCGCAAAGUCUGCAAGCGCUGCGACUGCCACCCGGUGGGCUCCACGGGCAAGACGUGCAACCACCUGAGUGGCCAGUGUCCCUGCAAGGAGGGCGUCACCGGACUGACCUGCAACCGCUGUGCCCGGGGCUACCAGCAGACGCGCUCUCACGUGGCGCCGUGCAUCAAGGUGCCCACCAAUGCCAACAUGAUUCAGGCCGAGAGUGCCGGCGGCGGCGGAGGAGGCGGCGGCACAGGCGACUACAAGGAUGGAGGCGGUUCACAGGCCGAGGAAAUGAAAAAGUACUGCGGCAAGUGCAAGGCCAGUCCCAAGAAGCUCAAUCUCAACAAGUUCUGCAUGGAAGAUUACGCCAUCCUGGCCAAGGUGAUUGGACACGACCGCGCCUCUCAGGACAUCAGCACCGAGAAGUUCUCCAUUGAGCGGCAGAACGAGAUCUACAAGUACGAGAUCAACAUCCAGACGAUCUUCAAGCGGAACCCAAUGUCGGGCACGACGAGCUCCCUGCUGGGACGCGGAAAUAUGAUGCUGCUGGUGCCGCGCAAGAGCAUCGAGUGCCAGUGUCCCAAGAUCAAGCUGAAUAAAUCAUAUCUCAUCCUUGGACGCGACUCGGAGGCGGCGCCCGGCUACCUGGCCAUCGGACCCAGCUCCGUGGUCCUGGAGUGGAAGGACGAGUGGUCGCUGCGCAUGAAGCGCUUCCAGCGAAGGGCACGCAAAUGCAGUUGAAUCGAGCCGGAAACGGAAUAUGUCAGAGCGGAUUUCAAUUUCACACACUUGGCUAGGUAUCGGUUUUUGUAUAAAUUGUACAGUUUACUCAAGUUUCUGACCUUCUUCGGCAUAAUGCUAUAAAUUAAUCUCAGUCCCAACCCGAACUCCGACUCGACUCAAGUUGAGCCCCAGCAUCUCGUUCGAGCCACACUAUAUAAUCCUAUAUAAUUCCUGCCUAGAUAAGCUUCCACCUGCAGUGGCGUUUCUAGUCCAUAAAACGCUCUGCACACUCUACACACUCUACACACUCUACACACACAUACUGCACACUUCCGACUUCCGACAGACAUAAAAAUCAGACAUAGAUCCCCCGAAAAAAGGGGGGUCUCUUUAUAAAUCGCCAAAUGCUAAUUACAGUUACCAGCGUGUCCCCAGCAGUUAUGGCCAUAAAAAGCAGUUAUAACAGCGAAAAAGAGCCAAAACAUUGAGGGAAAAGCGUCACAUGUGUGACAGGGGCGUGGGGCAUGUUUCCACAGAGGGGGGGCAGAAGGGGUAACAGCACAGGCAGCACAUAAGUGCAGUCAUAAACCAACAACACGAGCCUUGACCAGAUGCCAGCCACUCGAAACACGCACAUGCAACCAGUGGCGUGCCGCAAAGGGGGGGAGACCCUAACAAUAUUAUAUUUAAAGCUUUAGUUGCUUAGUAAUAUUAUUUCCAAAAAUGUCAAGCAAAUUGCUCAAUUUUAAAUGUUCAAAAAAUAACAAAAGAAACAUAAUUAAGCCCUGGAAAACCUUCAAUUUAAAUAUUUAAUUAAUUAAAUCCUAAAGAAAAACUAAAGCAAAUUGACGUUUCAGAUAUCGUUUUCUAUGCUAAAAUAUAUUUUUUUGAAAAUUAAAUCCAAGUCGAAAACUAAAACCUAUUAAAGCUGCUCCAUUCUAUAAAUUCAAUUCAAUUUUUAGCAUUUAUUUUUGCUUCUAAGAAAAAUGUAGAAAAAAAGCUACACACAUUGUUGUCCAUAGUUUAUAUUCCCUACAGUUUUUUUUUUUUAUAUUUUCGUAUACGUUUCUCAAGAGUUUAUGCAAACAGUUUUGGCUGUAAUUAUGCACAUGUUUAUUGACAGUUCGCCGGUUGAUUUUUCACGCGCUUUUGCAUAACAAUUUGUUUGAUGAAUGCAUCAAUAAAUGAAAGGAAAAAAGAAACAAGGCGACGAACACGCAUUUAAAAUGCAUUUAUCUGGAUUUAAUUUUCGAUUUGAAUUAUGCAUGCAAAUUGCAAACGCAACCUGUCUCCGGACUCACUCGGUCUCAGUCUCCGCCGCGAAGGCGUCAAGAGCGAGGAGCGAGGUGUUAUUUGUUAUUUGUAACUCGUUUUUCGAGCCCAGUGUAGGCCACGCAGACUUGAGGCCCGUUACGGGGGAGCCUCUGGGUACAGUGGGGUCAGCUAAUAAAUAAAAUCAAGUAAAAAGUAAGCUAGCUACAGAAUAUUUUAUAAAAUAUGUCAUAUUCCACUUCAAUUAAUCCUUUACCGAUUUAAAUAGUUAUUUUUUUUAGCUUUCAGUUUCAAGCUUAACUUGGAAUGUUCCCCUUAGCCUGUGCCCACUGUACCGAUCGAUAUGCAUCACGUUUAGCAACAACAAAGCAAGAGACAAGCUGAAAUACGUUACUCAAAUUAAACAGCAGAAACAAACAGAAGAUUGAGCUGGAGAAUUACACUGCGAGAAAUUGUGACGAAACUAUAUUUCAAUUUACCAAGAUUGAGCGAGAAAUUCUAUUCAACCCUCUGUUUUUUUCAUAUAUCAAGUCUAGAGAGAAUUAAAAUUAAAAUUAAAUAUAUAAAUUCUAGAGUCAAUAGCCCCAUAAUUUGUGUAAAAGCUAACUUCGUGGGCCGAGCCCCCACACACACGCUCAGCCACCCCACACGCCACUCUCCCCUUGCCACUCGCCACUCGUUACUCUUCACUUCUCCACGCUUCCACUUUUCCAGUGCAGUUACACACAUUUUUUCUUUUUUUUUUUUGUUCAAUGUUGCUGCGGAUUAAACAUGUUUCGGACUCAAAAUGUAACAUGAUAUAUGACAGCCAAGUGUCGAACUUGAUAAAUGUUUUAAUGAAUUUAUUUUCGUGUUUAUGUUCUGUGCCUGCCAGCCAUCGAAUCCGUCGAGUAUCGAGAUCUUUAGCCGACUUUAGCCACGACACCUACAGCCGCAGCUCCGUCUGUCUCUCUGUCCGAUUCUGAUGUCCAAUGUCGCUGCAACCAUUCCCAGUGCCAUUCCCAUUCCGAUUCCCACUCCCAAGCUAUUCAGGUCUGACCGUGACCAUGAUGUAUGAUAAAUCAAAAUGGGGCCAGCAUGUGCAGGGAGCGGCGAGCAUGGAGAGUCGGACAGUUAACAUGCUGCGGCAUUUAAGCCGAGAGCCGUGUUUGCAUUCACUCUUCUACACCCACUCCCGCCCCAGGGACGCAUAAUUAGCCCGGACUCUGGCAUCUGGCCCGGUGAUCGGGAUAGGGAUCCAGGUAACUGGCCAACGUGGCGUAUGAGUCACGAGCAUACACGUGUGACCACCGCAAACAUGGCUAAGAGAAGGGGGUAAGGGGGCGGGUGCGCAUGUCCUGCAGCCAGAUAAAUGCAGAAUUGUCAACUGUUAACUGGAUACAUUUAUGCACAUUUUUUAUGAAUGCUGCCAAGCACAGGCACAGGGUAUAUGAGCAGUUGAAAGGGCUUUGUCAGCAUUUCAGAAAUCAGCAAUUAAAACUGAUAUUUACUAGAACUAAUUAACUGGAAUUUUUAAGAAGGUUAAGAAAUACUUUUCAGAAACUCAGAUCAGACUGUUAUUUCUUUUUUUAAAUAAAUAAAUUUAUUAAAAUUAAACACUUUAAGAUUUCUCCCCUUUCUUUAAAAAUAAAUACCUUCAACAACUUAAACUCAAACUUAGGACUUAACAUUUAAAUUAAAUUAAUAGUUUUCCUCUACCUCUAUAUACCCAAUGUAUUAAAACUCCGACUGAAGGGAACACAAAUAUAAUAAUUUGAAUUGUAAUUGAUGCCUGGCAGAGCAGGAUCUGGAUCUGGACACACACACAGAGCCCAUUAGGUAGGGCUGGGAGUACAACCCCUUUUACCUGAAGCGUGCCAAAAAAUAACGUUAAAUAAAUGCUGAAAAUAAUAUUCAACCCCGCUGUAAAAAAAAAUAAAAAACAUAAAACAAAAAGGCGGAAAGAGACAAAGAAAUGAAAUGAGAAAUUCAAUUGUGGCCUCGGCGACUGCGGCCGGCUGCCUUCAUGCAUAUUUAAAUGAGAUUUUGCGUUAACUGAAUUUUGUCAACGGUAUUCUACGGCCGGGGAGUUGGCAUAUGUGGGCGUGUGGCCAUGAAAACCCCUAUUAAUUUAUAUAUAUACAUAUAGAUGUAUAUAUAUAUUUAAAUAAAUUGGGUUCCCAUUCGCAUUUUUCCUGUAUUUUUUCACUUUUUGCAAUUUUUGCCGUUCAUUUAACGCAUGGUAAUGGCUCUAGGAGGGGCGUGGCAGGAGGGCGUGUUGUCGCAUAUGUAUUUUAAAUAGGAUGCAGACUCCAUUAGCAUAUAAAUUGAUGCGGCAGCUCUGGUUGAGUGGAUAAGCAAUGGCAGAGAAAAAAGUGCCAAGGAUCCUUAUAACAUGGCUACUGCUCGUAACUGUUAACUAGCAUUUGGUUGAAGAACUAACACCCACCAAAAGUAUCGGAACAAAACAACAGCAACAGCAACAAGAACAAGACAGGAACAGGAACUAGCCCCAAGCUGACAAAUUGACUUCCGUUUCCGCUAAAAUAUAACGAAAGAACGAACAAGUACUUAAGCAUACUUAACGAGAAAGAGAGACGCAAACAUAACCAAAUUAGUCAUUAGUUGAUAUGUCAAGCCGUUUAUUUAUUUACACCAACAUACCCCACUCCCCCCUCAAGGACACCUUCUUCCCUACUCCCUAAUCUUAACUUAAAAUUAACACACUCGAGCGGAGAAAUAUAUUUAUAGCAACAUGUAUUUAUAUGUUACGGGGCGCAGAGCGAAUCCAAAAUUGUAUCCUUCUCGUCCCUGGCCCCUCGGUCCGUACCUAAAUCGGGGCGGACUGAACUAAUCACAUAUCCUUCAGCCACACACACAGCUACACACACACACACACACACACACAUAUUAUAAUAAAAUGUUUUUUUUUUGUGUCAGACUAAUACGAAUAUCAAGUGCGUGUGUGUCCAGACGGAAGAAUUAUUCAUACGAUAAGCUAAAAAAUAUAAAAAAAGGGAAUAUAUAAACGUAUAAUACACAUAAAUAUAAUCAAAAAGCCACACGAAACAGCAUUUUUUUCUUAGAUUUUUUGUAAAUACUCAAAAAAUACUCGAGGGCCGAUUAUGCGGAAUUAUUCACAUUGAUUUUUGCUAAUUAUUACGUUGAGCCACACUCUCACACACACACACGCCCACGAGAAGCAGGAGCUGAGGAGGAAUUCACAUUGUCUGAUAUUAAAGUAUUGUAGUUGGUACUUAUAUAAUAUAUAUAUAUAUAUAAAAGAUAAAUAUUAAACUAUGAUUAAUCAUAACAACACAUAUGAUAUGCAAUUUUUGUGGCGAGAGAUGAAACUAUAUCAAAGACAAGCAGAUGGCGGGGCAGCCCAGUUAUAUAUAUAAAAAUAAAAACAAAAUAUAUAUAUAUAUAUCAUUUAUGUGUACUUGAGAAAGUAAAAAACCGAAAAAGCAAAGCAAAAAGAGCAUGAAAGUUUAAUCGAAUUAAGUGGACAAAUUGCUAAUAAUAAUAAUAAAACUAAUAACGAGAUCAAA